CAUGUCACAAUGGAGUCGCUUCUCAAUAAAUCAAGUAAAUUGCAUCAGCAAGCAAAAUCUUCGCCAGUUACGCCAGACGAGCUGUAUGCCACAAAAUGCUCCAAAAAUUUAAGACACCAAAUUGCUUGUCGCAACAUUUCCAAUAGCAAAAAUCUCGAAGAUGAUGAUGACGACGAGACUUCAUCUUGUUCGACUUCAGCAUCAGCAGAUCUUUCGUCAGACAGCGAUGAGAUUCCUGUUUGGGUUAACAAUGAACAGCGAUAUAUUUCGGGAAUUACGAGUGACACAACUUGUCAGGAUUUAGUUGAAGCUUUGCUUGAAGACGAAUGUGUCAAGGGGAAACCUGAAUUUGCUUCAAAGUCACCCAAAGAUUACGUCAUCACGGAACGAUGGAAGAAAGUUGAACAAGUACUCGAUGGACGAACGAAUAUACUUAAGAUAUGGAAUGCUUGGGGUAAAGCACAACAAGAGGUAAAAUUCACAUUACGCCCCUUCGAAGGACAAUUCCGUGAAAUGUGGCUAAACAGCGGGGAUCGUGACAGCGGAAGAGGAAGUCCCACGGGAAGCAUCAACAGUGCAAUUGUGCGUCGCAAACGACACAAAGCAUCAAAAAGUUCAUUUGCGUGGAUGACUCAUGGUCAAACGAUCCAUCCAAAGUCACAAAAAACCAACAUUGAGCGUUUAAUGAAACUCAUUCUCGAACAAGGGGAAAUUAUUCAACAGCAAUUAUCGAAAUUGAGGGAUCGCGAAACGGAAAUAACAAACAUCGAAGACGAACGUCACAAAUUACGGGAAAAAGAACAUGGCAAAAAUUAUUUACUCGAAACAUAUUUCAAAGGUCUCCAAGACUCGGCGGAAGAAAAAGAAUCGGGAGUUGGCAACAGUGAUAGCGGCGUUCACACGGAAGAAGCAACAACUUCGCCGGAAAUUGCUCCCUCGCCUCCGCUCGAACACCAAAAUCCCUCAAAUAAUUUACAAGAACCAAAGGAGAAACCGAUGGCUCUUCCGAGCGAAACUGCGCUACAAAUCGAAGCUCUCGAGAAAAUUGUGAAUAUUAACAAACAAUUGCAAAAGGAAGAGGAGUUACUUGUACGUUUAGGGGCGAAAAUCAAGCGAUACGAAGCCGAUGCCUCGGGAUUAACGGAACAACAAGUCCUCGAAGCGCUCGAAAGAGUAAAUGAGCAAUUAACGACCCGCGACGACGAAUUACAAAAAAUGGAUGUCGACAUCAAAGAAUCUGACAAAAUUCUGCAAAUGAAGCAAAUGGAGCUGAAACGCCUUUACGACGAACUGGAAGAAGUUGAAGUGCAAAAUAAUCGUUUAAAUGGCUUAUCGACCGUAGCGGAGAGCGAUUUAGACCUUUCCCGCGAUUAUUUGGCGGAAAAUAUGUUCAACGUGAGUCAAAAAAUGUUCAGCGGCUCGGAAUUUAAUGCUGCGAAUUUUUCGUCGCCGCAUCGCGAAGACACGUCUCUCGACAUGUUCGUUCAUCCGAUCGAGCCUCCGCUGGAAUUUGGCACUCCAAUUACUCCGACACUCGCUGAAGCUCAAAUUCACUCGUUAAACGACAAAUCAACGUUGCUCAAUACUCCCUCGUUGCUCGAAUUGACGCAAAUUCCCGAAACGCCCGUCACAGAUGCCCUUCUUCAAACGACACGAAAUAAAAAUCCCAGUGAGCUACUCACCAAACAACAACAACAACAAAUGAAUUAUCUGCCAACGACGACGACGACGUUGAGCAAAUAUCACCAAAGAAACUUAAAUAACGUCUCCAGUCUCAAAUUAGGUCCAAAGAAAUUAAUUAGCGGCAAUGGCGCGAUGCACGAGUUAACUUUCGCAGGCGGCAAUGCAAGUAGCGCGACAUCAAAUUCCUCGGAUACGGGCUUGAGUUCGCUCGGCGAACAGGAUUUCACGCAAUUAGGGACGUUGGUGUGA